ACUGCCUCCUCCCCCUCCUUCCCCCAGGAUGACCAUCUCUGGAUCCUCCGGAGCUCCAGCAGAGUCACACCGCGGAUCGGAGCGUGCGGUCGGCCAGGCGAGCAGCAAGCCAGCGCACCGAUCAGGAUCACCGUUUCGGAUUAGCCUCCUCGCUCAGCUAUGAACAUCCACCACGUCCAGCAGUAGAAGUAAACGGAGCUCUCAGACACAACCGACGCGUCGAGGAUGAACGGGACUGCAGGAUCGAGCUCGGGAUCGGCUUCUUGCCGUUUCGCCCACUAUUUUGUUGUGUGUGGGGUGGACACGGAGACGGGCCUGGAGCCGGACGACGGAGCAGGCGAAGGCUUUGAGCAGAGCCCCAUUCGACGGUUCUUCAAGUCAAAGGUUCUGGUACACUACCCAGAAAACACUGACAGAAACCCCUUCAAUAAAGAUGCCGUCAACAUGCUCUGUAUGCCAAGGGGUCUCUCCUUCCGUACACAAGCUGACCGCCUUGAUCCUCAGUUUCACUCCUUCACCAUGUCCUUGGAUGAUGGCACGCGAACCUACGGCUUCGUCCACACCUUCUAUGAGGAGGUGACCAGUGCUCAGAUCAUCACAGCCAUGCAGACUCUCUACCAGAUGCACCACGUGGAGCACCACUCUGCUUCAUCAGCCUCCUCUCCUUCGUCUUCAUCUUCGUCUGCCUCCUCCCCCUCCACCUCCAGCAUGGACUCACUCGCGAGCAGCUUAGAUGAGUCAGACGCCGAGUCUCUGGCUGGGUUGUCCUCUUGUCUCGGUUGCGCGGGCUCCUUCAAUCCAGCCCGGGAUACCCUGUACGUGUCCAAAGCCCUCUGCCUCCUCACACCGCUCCCCUUCCUCCAAGCCUCCCGGCAAUUUCUGUCUCAGCUGCACCAGGCUGUGACAUCACAAACUGCCCCGCCUCUUCCUCUAGAGAGCUACAUCCAUAACAUCCUGUACGAGGUGCCACUGCCUCCACCCGGCAGGUCGUUGAGGUUCCACGGGGUGCAGGGACCUAUUCUGUGCCAGCGGCCCGGGCCGGGUGAGCUUCCUCUGGGGGAGUAUCCUCUUGGGGAGGCGUUCUCCCUGCUGGGUGUGGACAACAUGGUGCAACUACUCACAUGUGCGCUUCUCGAGACACAAGUCCUGCUUUACUCUGAAGACUACCAGCGUUUGAUGACGGUGGCAGAGGGCAUCACCACGCUGCUUUUCCCGUUCCAGUGGCAACACAUCUACCUGCCUAUCGUUUCCACACCGCUACAUCACCUCCUGGAUGCUCCUGUGCCAUUCCUCAUGGGUAUCCAUCGCAGAAUGGGGGCUCAGCGAUCCUCCCUCCACCUACCACACGAGGCCAACUUGUGCUUUGUGGACAUUGAUAACCACUGCGUCGAGGCCCCCGAGGAUCUUCCCACAUUCCCAGAUCAGACCGAGCUCAUCCAGGAGCUGAGUGAGGUGCUGCUGCGAUUUGGACUCCCUCCUCAGGGAGGUGCGAUCACCAAACCCACCACCACUACGACCUCCCCUCGCCUGAGCAGCCUGGUGCUGGAGGAUCUGAUGGAGGACAGGAGGAACGGGAAUCUCGGAGGUGAGGAGCUGGCUGUGCUGGAGAGGCUUCAGGCUCUGGCGCAGAGGUGUGGAGGAGAUAAGAUGUCAGAUGGAGGGAAGACUCUUGGACACGUGUUUGAGGAAGAAGAGGAGCUUAGGAACGCAAAGCUGAACAUUCAGCUGAGGGAGGUGUUUUCUGGACGUUUUGCUGCCAUGUUAGGCAGGUACGAUGAGUUUGUCAUCCACAGUGCUCUGGAUUUGGACUCCUGGUUGAGCAACAGAGAGGGAACUUUCAGUUUUGACAAGGGUUCCUUCCUCUCAGUCCAGCCUGCAGCCCACUUACACUUCCUGUCUCGUUUCCUGGAGACAUCCAUGUUUUCCUCUUUUGUGGAUGGGAAGGUGAUAUCUCGCUGGGCAGACAGAGAGCCACUGCAGCAGCUGUUUGACAGCCGUCUGGAGAGAGAACGACUGUAUGACACAGAUGAAGAAGACCCCCGUAACUGUCGCUACAGGAAAUGCACCUCACUGUUUGAAUCAGCUCAGGCCAUUGAGCGGCGGUUGCUGAAGGCAGACCACACAGCCAUACACCCCCAUCUGCUGGACAUGAGGAUCGGCCAGGGUCGUCAUCAGCCAGGCUACUUCCCCAAGCUGCAGGCGGAUGUGCUCGCACAGGGACAAAACUCCAACAAGUGGUCUAGUCGAGUUACGGCUUCACGCAGGACUGACCCCAAGAGAUCAGCCGUGUCUGAACACUCAGGAGUGGACAGUGAGCAGAGACAGAAGCACACAUUUGUGAGGAAAAACCUUCGCCAGUCUAAGCUACUCGACACGUCACCACAGGCCGUCACUCAGACUCACAGAGAGUUUGUGGACGGGCUGCUGAACGAGUGUCGCUUAAAGACCAAACGGAUGCUGAUGGAGAGGAUGGGGAAGGAGAGCAUUGAACUGUGUCAGGGAGAAGCCAACAUCACAGGCCUGCAGGAGAACACACUCAUCCACGGUCUGUGUGACCUACUGGAGAGAACCUGGGGCCACGGGCUGCAGCUAAAACAGGGGAAGUCUGCUCUCUGGUCCCAUCUACUCCAUUUCCAGGCAGCCCAAGGGAAAACAGAGACACCAGCUGAGUCUCCAGGGUGUAAUGGUACGGACAUAAGAACGUUUGAUGAUGGCGCUCCUCUCCUGAGAGGCACAUUGAUACAGGAUAUGAGGUUUAUCCAGACCAUGAGUGAGGGUCUCUCUGAGGUGGGUCAAGCUCGGGCCUGGAUCCAUCUGGCUCUGGAGAAGAAAAUGCUUUCCCAACACCUCAAAGAGCUGGUCACUAACCAGGAGCUGCUCAGGCAGCUGUAUAAACCUCAUGCGUUCUUGCUCUGUGAGGAAGAAAGAGAGCAGUUCCUCUUCCACCUGCUCUCUCUCAACACUGUGGACUACCUCUGCUUCACACGUGUCUUCACCUCCAUCAGUAUUCCAUAUCGUGUUGUCAUUAUUCCCAUGAAGAAGCUGAGCAUCGCAAUGGCAACAGUCAACCCUUGGGUGUGCGUGUCAGGAGAAAUGGGAGAUUCAGGAGUUAGACAGAUCCCAAAGAAUACACAAGAGAUUUAUUUCCAGUGUAAGAAUCUGGGCAGGCUGAGCACUCUGCAGCUGGGACAAGAGAACUCCGGCCUACUGGCUAAGUGUCUGAUAGACUGUGUGAUAGUGUACAAUGAGAUCACUGGACACACCUACAAGUUCCCCUGUGGCCGUUGGCUAGGGAAAGGGGUUGGAGACGGCAGCUUGGAGAGAGUUCUGAUUGGUCAGCUGGUGUCACCUGGUGCAGAAGAAGAUGCUGGAAGGUGGACAGGGACGCCUCCAGAGCUGGCCUCUCCUUCACAGAGUGUGCGGACAGUGCUGGGAUCGCUUGGCAGCAGAAGCAGAAUGUUAGCUGUUGAGGUGCAAGAGGACAUGAGGGAGGCGGCAAAUAACCUUGUUAAACACUUCCACAAACCUGAGCAAGAGAGAGGAAACCUGACAGUCCUGUUGUGUGGUGAAGGAGGUCUGCUGCUCUCUCUGGAGAAGUUUCUUCUGCACGGGCUCAGAUCUAACCGUCUUUUCCAGAGGAACAUGUUUGUUUGGGACUUUAUUGAAAAGGCCGUGGUCUCCAUAGAGACAGCUGAUCAAAUGGGUGACCUGCAUGGAUCAACACUAACAAAGGGUCCACCUGUUGAUUCACUGUGCCACUACGUCAACGCAAUCAACGCCUCACCAAGAAACAUCGGCAAAGAGGGAAAGUUCCAGCUGUUUGUCUGCCUUGGCAUUAGGGACCGACUUCUUUCCCAGUGGCUCCCCCUGCUGGCAGCAUUACCCCUAACAGCACGGACAUACGAGGAAAUUGCUCUGCUGAGGGACCGUGCUGCUGUUCAUUCGCUCUCCCGCAUCCUGCACACGCUCAAUGAGUUCACCAUCACCCUGGAGACCGCACUGAUCAAAGGAGUUGACCUCUGACCCUGAAAAUAUUAACCAAGUUCACCUCCUGCUGCACCUGAUGGGUUCACAUUCAUCUUUUCAUUUAGGGAGAAAAAACUACAUUUAAACUCUUGAAAACCACGACUUAAAGGACAGUGGACUAAAAGAAGGCGCUGGCAACUUGAGCUUCAAACACUUUGCCUUGUUCCUUGAUGUAAAUGUCUGAUAUACUGUAUUUGCUUCAGGAAGUAGUCCAAGUUUUCCUAUGCUUGUUUACACUGUGAAAUUCUGUUUCCCAGAGGAGAAAUAGAGAGUCAUUCAUAACCUCACAUCUACAGUAGUAUUUCACAGAUCACACCAUUUACUGUACCCAACCCCAGAACCACUCUAACUCUCCUUCGACUGCUGUAUUGCUUGCACUUGAAUUAUAAACUUAGCACAUGCAUGGCCAAAAUAUGUUUGUUUUACGUCUUACUGUGUUGUGAUAUAUCAGGACUCAGGCCUUAUUAUAUACAAGCAUUUUUUCUGGACUUAAAUCAUUCAAUACCCAAGUACGUAUACACCAGAGGGAUAACUCAUCUCCCAAGUAUGUUACAAACUAUUGUGCACUUUCCCUUUCCUUUUUUUUAAUUUCAGUUUGGGAUCACAUUCAUGAAAUCAUCACACUGAAACCAAACUGGUGUCCUCAUUGUGUCAGCUGAAAUAGUCUUUGUCACUUUGAUAGAAAGCUUCUCCCCCUCUCUGUCAUUGUAAAUAAGUUGCUUCAUUAGAUCUUUGAUAUAAUCGUGCCCAUUUGUUAUUAUGGUGUAAUGAAUCUGUGGCAUAUUUUUCUGUCUAAAGGCAUUUUGUUUGUGUCUGUGUAAAAGAAAAUAUUCGACACACUCUACUGAAAAUGUGUAUAAUAGUCAUGCAAUUUGUUUCUUGACUGUUCAGUUGUCUUCUGAUACAAUAGAGCACAGGUUGUUCAAAAUCCUAGGUAUUAUGUUGAUGUUGCAUUUAAUUUUAAAACUGUUAAAGUAUAAAACUGCUGUCUCCUGCACUGCCCUGCAAGCACUAUGUAACCAACAAAGACCAAGCCUCUAUUAUCAUUUAAAUACAGAUUAGGGGAAGCAAUAAUGAAGUGUUAUUUAUGAAAUGUGUGGUUAAAGAAUAAAAUUAAU